GGGGAGACCAGGAGGCAGGGGGGACAUGGGGUGGGUUCCUGCUGGACCCGGCGUUUGGCAUCGAGGGGCUCCCAUCUACAUCCAAGCUCCGUUUGGGGCUGGAAGGAAGGAGAAGAACUGCGUGGUGUCACAAAGGGGGGCCUGUGCCCACCGCCCGGGGACCUGCGCAUCGCCGGAGCCAUGGGGGGCUCUGGCUUCCCCCCCCCAUCCGAGCUGCUCCCGCUGCUGCCGCUGCUGCUGCGGCUGAGCCUGGUGUCCACCGUGCUGUGGCUGCGGCGGCUGCGGGUAGGUGACAAAAUUUGGGGCAGGGGGUGCUGGGGGGCUGCCCCCCCCCCUCACCCCUCACCCAUCUACCUGGGGCUGAUGCAGAGGAAACUGGAGGAGGCUGAGGAAGCGGAGGCAGCCGGGGAGAGCCCCGCAGAAGGAGCGCAGCGCUUCCCUGCGGAUGGAGGCAGCAGAGGGGAAAGCAUCGCCAGGACGGGACAUGGGGACGAGCCUGGCACCGAAAGCCUCCCUGCUGUCCCUGGCCGCCUCCUCCUCCUCGCGGUGCUCCCUCUACUCCUUCCCGGAGCCCUGGCCGGGCGCCCUGGCCGAGUUGGCCGCCCUCAGCCCCCCGACCCCCCCGGAGCCGCCUCCUCCUCCUCCGCUUCCACCUCCCCCCCCUGGGGGCUCCGACCCCCGCCGCCCCCCGGGGCCGUGCUUCCAGCGCCUCCCCGGGACCGGGGCGCGGAGCCCGAGGGCUCGGAGCUGCCCCGGCCCCGUUCGCCCCCCGGGGGGGCGGCCCCGGCGGACCCAUCCUGGAGCUGCUGCGCGCCGCUCUCGCCGCUCCCGGGCCGCCACCGAGCGCCGCUGCCGGCUCCUGCGGGCGUGUGCUGGCGCUGCGGCGGCGGGGGCGGCGGGGGACGGACGGGUGGGACCCCCGGGACCCACCCGGCAGCAGAGAGAGAGCCGGGAGCCCCCCCGGGAGCCCCUCCGGGAGCACCCCCGGACCAUCCGUGAAGGUGCGUGUCCGGGCUGGAGAUCCUCGGUGCCGGUCCCGGGGGGUGGCGGGUGGUGCCCUGGACACGGACACGGACACGGACACGGACACGGACACGGCCCGGAGCCUCCUCGCUGCAGCCGGACGGGAGCAUCCCAAAGGAGCCGUGGCGGAGCAGCCCCCGCAGGAGCAGCCCCCUGGGGCCGUGCUGGGAGCCCACAGGCGGGGUCCGGCCCCGAGUGGCCGUGGGGCUGUGCCGGGCCGGGCAGUGCCUGCAGGAGACCUGCGCCAGGCUGUGGCUGUGGGCUGGGGACCCGCUGGAGGCAGCGCUGCCGCUCGCUGCCCUUGUGGGGAGCGUUGGUCCCGCAGGGUCGGUGGGCUCCUCUGGCCCCGAGCAGGGGGCCAAGCCCCAGGACAGCCCCCUGGUGCUCCUUCGGGCUCAGCCCAUUAAAGGGUGCAGCCUUCACGGGGUGCAGCUCUUCAUUUCCCCAUCCUGAGGUCAAACACAGCGGGGAUGGGGCUGGCACUGGCCACAUGAGGUGGUCACCAAACGCGCUGGUAUCUCACAGGGCUGUGCUGGCCCCCAGAGGGACGUGGCCAGGCUGGGAAAGGGGCUGCGGGAGCCUGGGGGGGCUCAUGCAUGAGCACGACCCACAUCAAGUCUCAGUUUGUGCUCUGGAUUCGUCUUCAGCCGUGUUUCUCCCCGCAUGCUGCACGCACACCCUGCACCAGCAGCACGCUGGUGGCCCUGGGAACCGGCACUGGUGCCCCCAGUCACCUGCACCUGGCUGUGCUCUGUCCCCUCUUUCUCCAGGCUGAGCUCAGCAGGAAAUGGGCUCCCCAGGAGCAAACCCCAGGCAGGAGGCAGAAGCCAGGAGCUGCACGCUGCAGGGUUUAUUCCCACUUUGAUUUCUGCACCCGGGUCCGUGGGGCACGGGGCAUCGAGCACCAGCACGGACAGGGGCUCACCCCAGCCAGGACCCCCAGGCUCAGCCCCCUGGCACGGGGGGGCUCCCAGCACCUCCCCAGCACUUCUGGAGCCCCCGUCUGUCCCCAUGGUCCCUGCUGUGCCUGCCCCAGAGCCCCCGGCCGUGCCAGGGCU